AUGGACUUCAAAGGUGACUCGAACAUGGUCGAUGUUUUGAAGCAGUUCCUGGCUUGGCAUGUCCGCACUCUUCCAUGGAGACCAGAAGAUCUACAACACUUGCCUAUGAUCUUUGAUUUCAGGAUCGAGAUGGCUCCACCUGAUGACAGAACAGCGUUUCCUCCCGUUCAUACUGGAGACGAGGUAGUUGUUCUAGCAUAUCCUCAAUACAGAACAGCAAUUGUGCAAAGCGUGUUUUUCACUACACCCCCACCUGUAGGGGGAUUCCUUCACGUCAUGACUAUAAUAGAUCCUUUGAAUAAACCGUUUGCGAUAUUCUUCACCUAUAACCUGCCAUCCACGGGCGUUCUUCGACUGCCAGUUCCGACUGUCCUUCAAGGUAUGACGGGUCGCGCUACGUACAUUGACAACAAAACUGCCGCGAAGCAAAAGUCAUGAGAUAAAAGUUGUGCCAUGCUUACUACAACGUUAUUCAAAGGUUUGGAUUUGAUGGGUGACUGCAAUAACGUUGAAUGUCUCAUCGGGACAACGACGUUUAGCAAACAGCUUGGUAUCCCAUCAGCUGGAAGUAUUUUUUAUCUAACCUCAAAAAACACGCUAUUUAAUACAACUGAAGAUCACGCAAAUGACUCGAAUCCAGCGUUUACCGUAUCGGCACAAACUGUGGUCACUCUCUUCAUGCUAUCAUAUGUAUUUGCAUGA